GCUGCUCGCAGAGGCGUCCGGCUUCCCGCCCUCGGCACCGCCGGGGCCGGGCCCUGCGGGCGGCUCCGUGCGGGGGCUGCCCGGGCAGCGGGGCGGGCCCGCGGCCUCCGGGGCUGCGGUGAGGCGGCCGGCGGAGCGGGUUGGUGCCGCCAUUCUGCGCCUCGGCUUCUUUGUUUCUCUUAAGUGCCUCUUCUGGGUUUUUUGAAAGACCGAAAACUUUUCGAACACAGCAGGUCCCUGUAGCUGCGGUGUUGGCGGUGUGUAUAGAAUCCCGGCUGCCAUACUUGGUGGUUUUGUAGCUGGAGUUUUCACGAGCAGCUGUUGCAGCGCAGCCGCGGCAGCAAUGGCUUCAGGAACAGCGCUGGUUUACGAUGCGGAGAUGACCACUCAUAAACUCCUUUGGAGCGAUCCUGUUUGUGAUAUUGAAGUGCCAGAAAGACUCUCGGCCUCCUAUGAGCAGCUUAAAUGUUACCAUCUUCUGGAAAGAUGUGUCCGUGUGCCUGCCAGAGAAGGAAGUGAGGAGGAGAUCCUGUUGGUUCACAGUUCAGAUCACUUGGAAGUGGCGAAGAGCACCCAGACAAUGAAUGAAGAGGAACUGAAAAGAGUCUCUGGAAAUUAUGAUGCUUUUUUCUUUCAUCCGAACACAUAUCGGUGUGCCAGACUAGCAGUAGGAGCAACUUUGCAGCUGGUGGAUGCUGUGAUGUCAGGAAAAGUGUGCAAUGGAAUGGCAUUAGUAAGGCCUCCAGGUCACCAUAGCCAGAGAAAUGCAGCUAAUGGGUUCUGUUUGUUCAACAAUGUUGCUAUUGCAGCAGAAUAUGCAAAACUGAAAUAUGGUCUGCAGAGAAUCCUAAUUGUUGACUGGGAUGUGCACCACGGGCAAGGAACUCAAUACAUAUUUGUAGAGGAUCCAAGUGUUUUGUAUUUUUCCUGGCAUCGCUAUGAACAUCAGGAAUUCUGGCCAUCACUUAAAGAAUCUGACUAUGAUGCUGUGGGUCUGGGAAAAGGAAAAGGGUUUAACAUAAAUUUGCCUUGGAAUAAGGUUGGGAUGGGAAAUUCAGAUUAUCUUGCUGCAUUCUUCCAUGUAUUGCUUCCAACGGCUUUUGAGUUUGAUCCUGAACUGGUUCUUGUCUCCUCUGGAUAUGAUUCUGGAAUUGGAGACCCUGAAGGUCAGAUGAAUGCCACUCCUGAGGUUUUUGCCCACCUUACCCAUUUCCUGAUGCAGUUAGCUAAUGGAAAGCUCUGUGUCAUCCUAGAGGGUGGAUACCACUUAAAGUCAUUGUCUGAAUCAGUCUGCAUGACUGUAAAAACUUUGCUUGGAGAUCCUAUACCUCAAAUAACUGGAGAAAUGGCACCUUGCCUAAGUGCUGUUGAAUCUAUUCAAAAUGUGAGAGCAGCACAUAAACCCUACUGGAAAUGGUUGAUGUAUGAAGACACAUCAUUUUUACAAAAUUUGAGCACCAAACUGCACUUCCCACAGAAGGCUGAUCCAAAUCCCUCCACAGAAGAUGAAUCUAAGACAACCAACAAGGAUGAAAUUGUCAAAGUAGAAAGGUUUUUGGAACGGCACAUGAAAAAUAUUCUAUUUCCAGUGCCUCCCAUCAAAACAGCAACUGACUCUAAAGGUUCAGCACAUCUGCUCCCUGCACCUGUUCACUUAGUGAAGGAAAUGGACAAAAACGAGAUAAAAGCUCUUGUCAGUGGCUUUUAUGCAGACCUUGUGAAAGAGGACAGAACUUUGCUCUCUCUUGGCAGUAUGUUGGCCAUCCUAGAUAAAAUACUUAAGAAGGAGGUAUGCAAUGGAAUUGCAGAAUCACCCACAUCUUCUGUUUCUGUUGCUGUUGCACUAAGACAUUCUCUUCGUUUCGGAUUUCAAAGGGUGCUUUGCAUCUUUAUUGGAGACAUGCAAAUCAUACCAAGCACAGAAGAUAGAAAAAUGCUCAUGAUACAUAUUUGUGAGAAAGAACAGUCUGUAAAGACCAGCUCCAAGCACUACAUUUCUUUAAACUGGAAAGAGGAUGCUGAAGGAAAUGACUUCUUUUCUGCUGUACUUGGAUUCAUUCUUCCUGUAGCAUACAGUUAUCAGCCUGACUUGACAGUAAUAGCCGUGGGACCAAACCGAAGCCUUGGAAUAAGUGGGAUUUCUCUGCUUUUUGCUUUGCUACAAGGAUUAGCCGAGUCUCGGAUUUUUGCGGUGAUUGAGAACACAGAGACAAAUUUAAUGCAAAGUGUAGCAAAAAGAUUAGUGGGUGCUUCCCCACCUCACUUUGGCAUGUAUGUACCUCCUACCCAAGAAAAAGUAAACAAAAUAAAAAUAUUAAGAGACCAGUUUCAGCAGGAAUGGAAAAUGCUUCAGUGUUCAGUGAAGGAUGGGAUUUCAAGAAAUUGACUUAUCUUCAGAAUAAUUUUACACAGCAGAAGGAAAAGGAAGUGUGUUGCUGUUCAUGUUGUCUUUUAAAUCAUCAGGAAAAUAGGUGGUUGCUUUUUCAAAGAAUUAGCAAUUUUUCAAGCAAUUAGCUAUUGUCUCCUGUUUUAAAAAUACUAAAGAUCCAUAUUUUCAGCUAGAGAAUUGUGCUUGCAAAUGCUAUAUUGGCACUAAUUAUUCAAGACUGGCGCUUGAAAACAACUGCUGUGCUCUUACUGCAAAUUGGAGCCUAUGUCAUGUGUGACAUUGUAAAGUCAGACUUGCUUGUGCAGUAGAUUGACUGCCUGAAUGUUGAAGUCCAGAAGACAGGCAUCUGAAAUGACCAAUCAUAACAGCCAAAACAUUUUAGUAUUAUUUCACAUAAUAUCAGAGUGCUUGCACUGCUGCCACCACCACCAUUUCCUUGGGAUUUUAAAGUUGAACAAUGGAUCUUCCAGGCUAAGAAAAUUGAAUUUCUUAAUCUGAUUUAAGGAAUUUUCCUAACAUGGUGAAGGAAGAGAAGCAGCUGAAGAGCUUUAGUGUAUGCAUGCCCUGUGUCACACCUGUGGUGAUUAAGUUUGAUUUCCUGAACUACACAGGACAUGAGAGAAAAAAGACAAAUAUUUUGUGUAUAUAAAAUUGCAAAUACAUAAUUGAAUCAAGUAGUGUAGAGAGGACUUCACUCUGCCUGCUCCUCAAAAGUAAAUUGCCUAUAUAACAAAUAAAACGCCCAAACCCUCAGAGGCUUGGGAGUGGCCUCAGGCUGACUUCAUGUGAAUUCUCCAGAAUGAAAUAAACAUCCCGAGGCAAAAUCCUUGGUGUGCCUCGUGUGGCAGCAUUCCAGGCACGAUGUUGGGCUCAUUUUCAAGAGCCCUUUUGUGUGACUGUGGCUUCAAUAAUGUGACCUUUUGAUUUUAAAAAACUUUAAGUUACGUUUAUACUGGUGUUGCUACAGGGAUCAACUUUACAUAAUUUGAGUAACGAAGUCUGUCUUCACAGGUGUCUGUAACUGUUGCCAGUGGUGUCCUUCUCAUCCACACUGGUUUGCAGUUAUUGCUGCAUGGGAAGUUAUACCCAAUACUUAAACAUUUUAAAAUUAAGUGUCUGUUUCAAAAGAAACUAAAAGCCAUGUCGAACUUUUUAAAAAACCAAAGUUGAAGAAAACAAUGAGGUUCUGUUUCAGUCUGGAAUUUCUUUAAACAUGACUUCAAACUCCAGGAAGUAUUUACUUUAGAUUGGAAACUGAGCAACAGCCAAAGUUUAGCUUCAGAAUUUUUCAGAACAGGAGCUUUGUUGGUUUAUUCUUUCUCCCACUCUCUCCUCUGGAGGGAGGAAAAAAAAAAAAAGGCAAUUCGGUGUUUUCAAGGAAAAAGCAUUUUCUCAGAAAUACCUCAGCUCGUUCCUUUACCUGCCUUUGUUCAGCUGCAUUUGUACAGCGUUUGAAUGAUACCAGAGCUGUGUUUUGAAACGCAUUUUUCUAAGAUCUUUAUCAAAUUUAUUAAAAUAUGAAUGAUGAGGGGGAAAA